AAGAAGAAGCAGCAGCAGCACCAGAUCUCCUCUCACUGGCUGCACUUCGGCUCUCACUGGGGUUCCUGCACUAUGCUGCCCUCCCACACUGUACUGAGGUCGGCUCCCAGUCCAUACAGAAAGGAGCAAGAUAGCAAGGAUGCUCACACAGAAGUGGACUGGCCCCCAGUGAGAGACGAGUCACAGGACUAUGACCUCAUCAAGUUAAGUCGCAAUGAUACUCAUAGCAUUCUGAGGGUUUGGCGUCGAUGGUUCACGUGUGACCCGUAUGAUCUGGAGAUUCAGAAUAACACGGUGAGGGUGAUUGUCAUUUAUGGGGAAGACAAUGGGUUCCAGUUAUCUGAGGACCAUAUAUUCAAGAAAUCCAUCUAUUUCAUGGAAAUACUGCAAGAAAUUAUAUUUCCUGAUGUAAUGAUCUCCUACGACUUCAAACUGAAUGACUUUCUUAUUCCAGAUCAAGAUACGACCUAUGCGUGUACAUUCCUUCCCAUGCCCAAGUUAUCUAGAAAACAUCAUAUUAUACGGUAUGAGCCCAUUAUCGAUCCGGAUGCUGCAGACAUAGUACAUCACAUCCUAGUAUACGGUUGUGACAGCUCCUUACACUUUACAUCAGAGAUUGGAGAUUGCUACGGAGGUGACCUCAGAUACCCAAAGUGUAUGAAUUCCAUGUUUGGUACGGCAGUAGGUGGAGAGCCAUUCGAUUUUCCGCCAGAAAUGGGUGUUUCUAUUGGCACUGAGAAGGACGUUAAGUACAUCAGACUUGAAAUUCAUUACAGCAACUUUGAAAAUAAGAAAGGAAUUCUAGACAGUUCUGGAGUAAGAAUUUUUUACACUCCUGAGCUACGCCCGCAUGACAGCGCAAUAAUCAUGACUGGGAUCUUUACAUUUCCGAUACAUUUUAUCCCUCCUGGAUCAGAAAGCUAUAGAAAUUAUGGACUCUGCAACACUCAUCUAAUCCCGAAGAUGUUGGGGGAGCCAGUGGGGGACCUGACUGUGACCUCAUUUCUCCUGCAUGGACAUCUCACGGUUCGUAGGAUGCGAAUAAUGCAUUACAGGAAUGGAAAACUAAUUGGCAGCCUUGGAGAAGACCUAAAAUAUGACUUUAGUUUUCAACAAUGUAGAAAUUUACCUGAAACGGUUACAGUUAAAAUAGGUGAUCAGAUAGUGGUUGAAUGUGAUUCAAGCACGGUGGACAGAGAAGGAGUCACAUUUGGAGGACCAAGCACCUUAAAUGAAAUGUGUAUUGGAUUCCUGUUCUAUUAUCCGGAACUUCCGAUUGCGGCAUGCUGGAGUUACCAGGAUAUUAAUCAGGUGAUGGAGGCCUUGGAUCAAGAACGUGCGGAUAACAUAAUGGAAGCCAUUAUGAACACCGAUAGUGUAGAUUGGGACGAUGAAACCAGAAAGACUGCCCAGCAAGCAGCCUUGAAAGUGAAUCAUCUAGCCAUGGUUCAGAACCGCGCGGGGGAUAAUGUGAAUGAAACAAGUGAACUACCACCAAUUUUUGAACCCAUCCCCCAUCCUUGUCCUGAAUAUUCUCCCUGAUUAAUAUGCAUGGACACUGCAAUGGAGCUCCAGUUGUAUUUAGAGGGAUUGACUUUUCUUAGAUAAUUCAAAUUUCUUUUUAAGUUAGGAGAGGCACUUCCCGCAGGAAAAACAGCAGGACUGCACUUAAACCUAGUAAGAAAUGUUAGAGAAUCCAGGGAAUUUGUGUAGAGUUUUCUUCAAUUCUGCAACCCUACCCCUAGGCUAAUGUGGCCUUUCCACAGUAAUAAGCCUCUUUACUAACUGCCGUACAUCAUCCACUGAAGCCAUUUUUGUUAAUGGCAGUAUUCACAGAGAUAUCAUCACUAGUGUUUCCAUAUUCAGCUUUCCCACAGUGCCCUCUGCUGGUAAAUCAUAGAUUGCAUGCUUAGAUAUAUGCUUAGAUGUCCCAAACACUUAAGCCCAUGUUAAAGCUUAUACUAUGACCAAUUAAAUCAAUGAAUACAUAAAAAAUAGAUGAUUCCCUGUUGGGUGCAGAAAAUAACAUAAAAGCACAGACACAAAAAAAUGUAUACAUACACAUUAUCAUGGCCCACAUGUAGAACGAGCUUGUCAAAAAAUGUCAUAAAUGAUAUUCUUUGCCGUAUACUGUAUUUUGCUAGGGGGGGGAAACAAUGUAAAAUUUUGUACAAUUCAGUAGAAUAUACCAAUAAAAAUGUUUUGCCACUAUAA